AGCCGCUGGGCUGGGAGUUGGAGAGCGGAGCUUGAAACUCACUGGAAACUUCAGUGGUGCCGCGACUUGCCAGUUUCAUCCCAGGAACUUUUCUUUGCAGGAGGAGAAGAGAAGGGGUGCAAGCGCCCCCGUUUUUGCUCUCUUUCUUCCCCUCCUCCUCCUCUCCAACUCGCCUUCCCCCACUUGGAGCGGGCAGCGGCGGGCUGGCCACCCCGCGCCCUCCUAAGUGCUCGCCGCCGCAGCCGGGUGACGCUCCAGGCUCCCCGGGAGCCGCUCGCUCCGCGUCCGGGCAGCCGAGGGGAGAGGAGCCCGCGCCUCGAGUCCCCGAGCCGCCGCGGCUUCUCGCCUUUCCCGGCCACCCGACCCCUGCCCCGGGCCCGCGUAUGAAUCUCCUGGACCCCUUCAUGAAGAUGACCGACGAGCAGGAGAAGGGCCUGUCCGGCGCCCCCAGCCCCACCAUGUCCGAGGACUCGGCGGGCUCGCCCUGCCCUUCGGGCUCCGGCUCCGACACGGAGAACACGCGGCCCCAGGAGAACACGUUCCCUAAGGGCGAGCCGGACCUGAAGAAGGAGAGCGAGGAGGACAAGUUCCCCGUGUGCAUCCGCGAGGCCGUCAGCCAGGUGCUCAAGGGCUACGACUGGACGCUGGUACCCAUGCCGGUGCGCGUCAACGGCUCGAGCAAGAACAAGCCUCACGUCAAGCGGCCCAUGAACGCCUUCAUGGUGUGGGCGCAGGCGGCGCGCAGGAAGCUCGCCGACCAGUACCCGCACCUGCACAACGCCGAGCUCAGCAAGACUCUGGGCAAGCUCUGGAGAUUGCUGAACGAGAGCGAGAAGCGUCCCUUCGUGGAGGAGGCGGAGCGGCUGCGCGUGCAGCACAAGAAAGACCACCCGGAUUACAAGUACCAGCCGCGGCGGAGGAAGUCGGUGAAGAACGGCCAGGCGGAGGCCGAGGAGGCCACGGAGCAGACGCAUAUCUCCCCCAACGCCAUCUUCAAGGCGCUGCAGGCCGACUCGCCGCACUCCUCCUCCGGCAUGAGCGAGGUGCACUCCCCCGGCGAGCACUCGGGGCAAUCCCAGGGCCCACCGACGCCACCCACCACCCCCAAAACCGACGUGCAGCCCGGCAAGGCUGACCUGAAGCGAGAGGGGCGCCCCCUGCCAGAGGGGGGCAGACAGCCCCCCAUCGACUUCCGCGACGUGGACAUCGGCGAGCUGAGCAGCGACGUCAUCUCCAACAUCGAGACCUUCGACGUCAACGAGUUUGACCAGUACCUGCCGCCCAAUGGCCACCCGGGGGUGCCGGCCACGCAUGGCCAGGUCACCUACACGGGCAGCUACGGCAUCAGCAGCACGGCGGCGACCCCCGCGGGCGCGGGCCACGUGUGGAUGUCCAAGCAGCAGGCGCCGCCGCCGCCCCCGCAGCAGCCCCCGCAGGCCCCACAGGCCCCGCAGGCGCCCCCGCAGCAGCAGCAGGCGCCGCAGCCCCAGCAGCCGCCGCCCCCGCAGCAGCAGCAGGCGCACACGCUGACCACGCUGAGCAGCGAGCCGGGGCAGUCCCAGCGAACGCACAUCAAGACGGAGCAGCUGAGUCCCAGCCACUACAGCGAGCAGCAGCAGCACUCGCCGCAGCAGAUCGCCUACAGCCCCUUCAACCUCCCGCACUACAGCCCCUCCUACCCGCCCAUCACCCGCUCGCAGUACGACUACACAGACCACCAGAACUCCGGCUCCUACUACAGCCACGCGGCGGGCCAGGGCUCCGGCCUCUACUCCACGUUCACCUACAUGAACCCCGCGCAGCGGCCCAUGUACACCCCCAUCGCCGACACCUCCGGGGUCCCUUCCAUCCCGCAGACCCACAGCCCCCAGCACUGGGAACAGCCCGUCUACACACAGCUCACCAGACCUUGAGGAGACCUUAGACAAAGCGUGAUGAUGGCCGUGAUGAUCAUAAAAAUAACCGAAGAAAUAAAUAACCAGAAUUUCCUUUGGACGUUUUUUUUUUCUUAUUCCUUAAUGACGUUGAAGCUAAAGGCAACUCGUACCCGAAUUCCAAAACAGAAACAUUAGCGAUCCAAACGCAUUACCACCUUGUUGCGAAUCAGUGGCCAGGCCAGUCUUGGCGAGAUGGACCCGCAGAAUCGACAAGAAACUGGACUUGAAAACCUUCUUCAAAG